AUGGCAGACGUUCUUGAGGGUGAGACCAAUAAGAAUCCUAGCGAUCCAAAAUAUUAUGCAUUGGCUCAAGAAUCAUUGGAGAAGUACCAAGUAUUGACUGGCCAAAUAAACCUGGUGGUCACUGUAGUCACACGAGUAACUGAACAAGUUGUAGCUGGAGUAAUUACCAGAUUACACUUCACCGCACAACCGCUUGACCAAAUUUACUUUCUGAUGUGUAAUUCAAAAAUAUUGGUGCCCCUAGAUUCGAGUCAGAAGCAAAUUACUGUGGACUGUGAGAUGGCACACAUUGAUGGGGGCAUUGUCGUCAAGGAUCCUAACGACCCAAAAUAUUAUGCAUUGGCUCAAGAAUCAUUGGAUAAGUACCAAGAACAGACUGGCCAAAGAAACCUAUUGGUCAUUAAAGUAACAAAAGCAACGGAACAACUUGUAGCUGGAUUAAUUACCAGAUUACAAUUCAACGCACAACCGCUUGGAGUUUUGAACAUGUUGAGUUGUAAUUCAGAAAUAUACGAGCCCGUCGAUUUGAGUCCGAAGGAAAUAACCGUGGACUGCGAGAGCCUUUAA